UCAUCACGCGCUUGAUUUCGGUCGCUCGAAACUCGCACGCAGCAGGAUCGAACUGGAGUGCGCGAGUGUGACGUCACGCAGGUAAGAGGACACUGCGUGCUUAUAGCUCUCAGUUAGGUGUGUCCUUCCUUCUUGAAGGUCGACCAAAAACAUUUCGGGAAGAGAAGUUACUUGCGACCCGCCAGUAAACCGAGAGAGAGAAUUCAGGGAGAGGACCAGCUAGAGCACAUUCGACGCUCCAAGAGCCGGACUCUCAUAAAACUUUCAAACAUCAGAGAAGUUUGAGAAACACGCAUUAUGGCUGCCUCGGCGAGAUAUUUGGUCUUGUUCUUUUACUUGUGUGUGCUUUUUGCACCGGUGGAGCCAGUUGGAGGGAAAGGACGAGGUUUAAUAGUCGUAGUGGAUGAAGAUUCAGGCAAAGCCUUCAUUGAUCAGAUCGUUACAGAUACACUAAAGAGCGGUCUCACAACCAUCUUCCUGCCAAUCAUUUACAUCAUUGUUUUUGUGGUGGGGUUGCCAACCAACGCGAUGGCUAUAUGGGUCCUGCUGUUCCGGUCAAAGACUGUUCACCCUGCAGCCAUUUACAUGGGCAACCUUGCGCUGGCUGACGUUAUGUUUGUUAUCUGGAUGCCUCUCAAGAUCGCUUACCAUUUGAAAGGAAAUAACUGGACUUUCGGAGAAGGAAUGUGCAAAGUUUUGGUGGGUUUCUUCUACGGCAACAUGUACUGCUCCAUCCUCUUCAUCGCUUGUCUGAGCAUCCAGCGGUACUGGGUCUGCGCUCACCCGCUCUCCCAGCAAAGGAAAAACAACACAUUUGCAAUCAUCGUAUCUGUGUGUAUUUGGAUCUUCAUUGGAGUCAGUACUACACCUUUGUACCUGUACCAGCAAACCGUUGAACUCUCGGACCUCAACAUUACCACCUGCCACGACGUCAAUCUUAUAACCAAGGAGAACUUUGUUUCUGGCAAUGCGUUCCUGGAUGUUCAGCUGCCUUAUUAUUAUUUUAUGGUGAUGGCGGGUCUUGUGUUCUUUAUCCCAAUGUUGCUCAUCAUCGCCGCUUACGUUCUUCUGCUUCGCAAGCUUGGGAAAUCCACAGUCGAUGGCAGCGCUGGAAAAAGCCGCCAGCGAGCCAUUAUUCUCAUCAUCACGGUGCUCAUAACGUUCUUGGUCUGCUUCAUCCCAAGUAACGUGAUGUUGGUCGUGCAUUACGCCCUCUUGCGAAACGGCUGGGCCAAUAACGGCUACAGUUUCUACAUCCUCACACUGUGUCUGACCAGUCUCAACAGCUGCUUGGACCCUUUCAUCUACUAUUACGUCUCGGAUGAUUUCAGGGAGCAAGUCAAGAACACGCUGCUGUGCCGUAGCAGCCGUACGGUGGAGAGGAUGAGGGUCUCGUUCAGCUCGUUGAAGUACUCUAAAAGGACCAGCACGUAUACUUCCAGCACAGGCAACACUGAUAGCAGCACCUGCUGAGAGCAGAUGGACAUGGACUAUUAUGGAAACGAGUUUAUGUAUUUAUCAGUAGCACUGCGGAUUAUUCAGAAGGUUUGACUUCAUAUCUAUGCACUCGGUUCGCUAUUAGAUGCUAUUUAAAUUGAUGUUUAUGAAGAUAUUUUGAUUCAGCUGAGAGACCUUCGUGAACCCAAAACUUAAGGAGCCACAAAGAGUUUGAAGAUUCAGUCUGUUUCUGUAGCGUUCGGCUUAAAGCUCAGGGUCAUGAAGAUAAUGAAGUCACGUAAAACUUGAAGAGAAGCAAUCCAGCCAGUUCGUGCUGUUGUUACAUGUGCUAUUGUUCAGACGGCCCUUGUGAAAAGAUGUGAAUUCAAAAAUGUAGAAGUUCUAUGUAAUUUAAGUAUGUUUAAACUUUGUCUUUUAGCCAGAAUUGGUUCUGUUUUUAAUAUUUUCAUUUUUUUAUAUAUUUGUAUCAAACCAGAUUGGCAAGGAUUUUUUGCCUGUUAGUCACAAUGCCAUUGUCUUCAUACCUCACUGUAUUAUAUCCAUAAUUAGGUCACCAUUCCUGACUGUGAUGCACGUUUCAAUGAUAUUUUUCUACAUUCAUGCAGAUUCAUUUUGUAAAUUCAACUGUAUCACCGGAAACAAAACGUCAUUAUCUCAUCAUCAUUAUGACAUUCUAGAAUUCCCGGUCAGUGUGCUUCCGAAUCUUCAUUCACACCUUGUUUAUUGUAACACAAUCUUUCGGUUUAUCAAAUGUAACUUGUACUUCUUACAAGGAAAUGCACCUGUUAACACACACAGCCCACUUUACCCCUAAAGGCACAGUGCCAUGUAAAUAAAUGUUUUAUUUACUUUGAAA